AUUGCUUAGUGCACGAAUGUUCUUGUGAUUUGGCAUCUGACUACAGAUAUGGAAUUCCUCACUUUCUUGCUAUGUGUUUUUGUUGUUAGCGCUGUACUAAAACAACCUACCACAAAUUCUGGGAAUUUCACACCUAUUGUUCCUGGAUAUGAGCUGCCUGACCGUCAGUAUGAGAAAGGUCCUGGCUUCAGCCAAGUAUCCAGUGUGUUAGUGACAGUAGAUAAUACUGCAUUAUCUAGUGAUAUGGAUGACUUCUCUGAGCAAUAUGACCAGGAGAAUACUGAUGUUGAGUUCAUAAACAGACUGCGAUCUGGAAUGGAAAACAAGGAGCGUAUCCAACAGUACAGCACAGAAACAGCUGAAGCUGAAAUGGAAUAUCUCGAACAGUGGUAUGAUGAGUUCAGUGUGACAACAGAGCAUGCUAAACUGGACACACAUACACCACAAUCAGAGACCAAUACAACAAAUCCUCUUGCCCCCAGGACAGAAUCUGUAACAGUGACAAACAAGAGACGUCGCACUCAAGAUGGUGAGGAUAUUGUUGUUCCUACAGCCCGAACCGCCUCCGCGUUUACUGUUGACUGUCCCCUCUGCUCCUCUCGAUACUACGAUUACUAUCGUCCGUGGUACGCGAGUGGUGAAGAAGCCAACUGA